CCUGUUUCAAUUAUAUCUUAUUUAAUACUGUUUCAAUCGUGGAUGUAAAAUGUAGUAUUUAUUUUGAAUAAAAUAAAUACUAUGAAAGAAAACUUUGUGACCGGUAAUAUACAAAAAGAGAAAAUGGCCCACUGAACUAAUGAAUGAUAAUUUUAAAAUUUUGCAAAUUGAUUCAUUCUUUUGUAAUGGAUAGUUGAUUACCCUCUGUUUAUUUAUGUUAUUAUUAGUCUGACUCUUCUAAUGGAACUUUUCGAUAUAAAUUUCUGUACUCAAAACUCUGUUCAAAUUGUGAGAUUUGUUUUCUUAGAUAAGAUCAUUUAAUGCUUAUAACAUUCAUUUUCAACAAACGCUUUUAUGGUUUUGAAAUCUUCUGAUUAUUUAGGCAGCAAAAAUGAAUGUGAAAAAGAAGCAAAUCGUUUUGAUAAAAUGUGGUCGAGUGACGGUGAAAUGGCUGAUUUAAGUACUGAUGAAGAUAUUUUAGAAACGAGAGAUACAGAUGAUGAUGAAUUAGAUUCAUGUGAUAAUUAUGUCGACACAUUAGGACAUGAUGUAGAAAUGAAUAUUAAUAAUUCAUCAUCAAAAAUAAAAAAAAAUAAAACAUUGAAUGCAAAUACAGGAAAAGUAGAAAAAAUAAAAAAGAAAUCAAAUUAUUUUGAUGAACAAACUGCUACUAUGAGUUGUACUGAUAAUGAAAAUGUUAAUUUACAAAAGCUAGAUCGACCAAGAACAACAACAAUGUUAUGUGAUAUAUCAAAUAUUAAAAACAAUAAUCACGAUAAUGGUCCAUGUACAGAAUCAAGCAUAUCAGUGUCACUUACUUUAUCAGUAAAAGAAACAUCAUCUUGUCGUAAAUGUUCUAAUAUUGAUUUAGCUGAUAUGAAUGGUUUUUGUCAUACACCUGUAUUAGAUGAACAUACAUCAAUGGCAUGUGAUGAAUUUAAAUAA